AUGUCCGUGCACGCGAUGGCAACGGACGCCGAGGCGCGGCCAGGACCGGCAGUGCUCGUGGUGGGCGGCGGGCCGUCGGGGCUGGGCACGGCGUCCAUGCUCGCGCAGCGCGGGUACAAAAACAUCACCCUCCUGGAAAAGCGGGACGUGGCGGACUUCUACGAACCGAACAAGUCGUUCUCGUACAGCAUCGACUCCAGGGGGCAGCACACGCUGGAGGCGAUCGGGGCGCUGGACCGCGUCGUGGAGCAGUCCGUGCCGAGCACGGAGUUCCGGCUGCGGUACUUCUUCGCGGACAAGACCACGAAGGAGGUGAAUUCGAACCUGCGCGCGCAAAAGAACGUCAAGACCAAUUACUGGCUUCCGCGGCGGAGGUUCAACCGGGCGCUGUUCGACCACGUCACCGGGGACGCGGCGCGGCACCCCGAGGGCGCGAUCGACGUCAGGCUCGGCUGGUCCUGCUCGCGCCUGGCGCCCACGGGGCCGGGCGGCGCGCUGGAAGCGGUGCUGGAGGGGCCCGACGGGGAGCAGGAGCGCGUGGUGCCGGCGAUGGUGGUGGCGUGCGACGGGCUGGGGUCGGGCGUGAGGGACAGCAUGGCGGAGACGUACCCGGGGGAGUUCGAGGUCAAGCAACUCCCGUCGCCCAGCUCAGGGUUGAGGUUCAAGGUGUUGUCGGUGCCGUCGAACUUCGCGCUGCGGAACUUCGGCGUGGAGGAGACGAGCCCCGAGGAGGCCAUCGUGCUUCCCGGCACGGGCAAGGGGCGCAACGCCGUGCGGCUGGGGUUCCUUCCGCAGAAGGACCGCGAAGGCCCGCGGACGUGCAACAUCGUGGCGAAGCCGGACUGCAACGUCUUCAACUGCAAGACGGGCGAGGAGGCCUUUGCAUUCUUCGAGCAGCACGUCCCGCAGUUCCCGGCGCGCGACGUCGUGGACCCAGACGUCAUGGACGCGUUCGCGCGCAGCGACGGCGGGCGCUUCCCGACGCCCCAGUACUGCGAGACCAUUGGGAAGGUGCACCGCGUGGGCUCUGGCGCGGACGCGAGCCGCCCCGCGCAGGCGGUGUUCCUGCUCGGCGACGCCGCGCACGCGUUUCCGCCGGACAUCGGGCAGGGCGUGAACGCGGCGCUGGACGACGUCGGCGCGCUGGCCGCCGCGCUGGACACGGCGAAAGACGACCUCGCCCGCGCUGCGGAGAUCUACCAGGAGCGCCACGCGCCGAACGCCAAGGCGCUGGUCCACAUAGCGCAGAUCGGCGCGCCGUACCAGUACCGGCAGAGCAAGGCGGGGUACAACUUGUGGCUUAUGAGGGUUGUGCUGCGGAUGCUGCUACACAAGGUGCUGCCGUUCCUGGUGUCGGCGCCGGCGAUGUACAUCUUGCAGGGGCCGCGGAAGUCGUACCGGGAGAUCUGGGAGGAGGCGGAGCGGGGCACGCGGGCCAUGAAGGCCAUGGGUGUGGCGCUGGCGGUGGCGGCUCUGGCCGUCGCGUGGCGCGUGCUGCGGCCGGCGGCGGGCCUCGCGCCCGCGUGA